GGAUGAUUUGAAGUGAAAGCUAAAGUUAUCAGAUAUCAUUGAAGAUGCAGCGAUUGGUGUCUAGUCUGUGUCUGAAUCCCAGUGUGAAAGUUAAACUGGUGAGCGCAGGUUUCCAGUUCACCGCAGACCUGCUGCACCUCAAACCGCCGCAGCUCAGCGAAGAGGCCAGUCUGUCCCUGCAGGAGGCGGUGGAGGUGCUGCAGGCUGUGAGGAGAGAGGGAGGAGGUGAUGAAGCAGCAGCAGCAGCAGCAGGAGGAGGAGGGUCAGCCUCUCUGACAGCUCUGGAGCUCCUGCAGAAGGAGGAGGAGGAGAUGAGGAGCAUUGUGACGUUCUCCUCUCAGCUGGACGCUGCACUUGGAGGAGGACUUCCACUCGGGAAAACGACAGAAAUCUGUGGAGCCCCAGGAGUCGGAAAAACACAACUGUGCCUGCAGCUGGCAGUGGACGUCCAGGUCCCUCAGUGUUUCGGGGGUGUCGGAGGUCAGGUGGUCUACAUCGACACUGAGGGCACCUUCCUGGUUCAGAGAGUCGUAGACAUUGCAGCUGCCGCUGUCCGACACUGCUCCUUAUUGGUCGAAGACGAUGAGCAACGAGUCGCCAUGGAGAACUUCACGGUGGAAACCAUCCUGUCCAAUAUGUUCCUGGUGCGUUGCAAUGACUACAUGGAGCUGCUGGCCGAGCUCCACCUGCUGCCUGACUUCCUGUCUGACCACCCUAAGGUCCGCCUCCUGGUGAUCGACAGUGUGGCGUUUCCGUUCCGGCAGCACUUUGACGAUCUGUCGCAGAGGACACGCCUCCUCAACGGCCUCGCCCAGCAGCUCAUCUCAAUGGCAACCUGCCACGAAAUUGCCGUGGUGAUAACCAACCAGAUGACCACCCGCCUGCGGGCUGGCCAAUCACAGCUGGUCCCCGCCCUCGGAGAGAGCUGGGGCCACGCCCCCACCAUCAGGCUCCUCCUAUCCUGGGCAGGGCCACGGCGGCUGGCUGCCAUCUUUAAAUCUUCAGGUCACAUGGACUCCAGCGUCCAAUACCAGAUCACCUCUGAGGGAUUCAGAGACAUUGACCAAUCAGCGCAACCACAGAGCAAACGGCCCCGGACAGACACCGACCAAUCAGCUGCCAGCCCAAGGGACACGAGCUGCUGAUUGUUCAGAGACUGUCAGCUAAUCAGAGGCUGGGCUGAAUUUGUUUAACUCUCUGCUUCUGCUUCUGUUUUUUUUU